AUGCAUAUCCUGGUCACUAACGACGACGGCCCACCGUCAAACCAGUCGUCACCGUACGUUCACUCCCUCGUUCACUGGCUCCAGUCCGCCGGUCACACAGUUUCCGUCAUUCUACCGCACCAACAGCGAUCAUGGAUUGGCAAAGCACACUUGGUCGGUGCAUCCGUUAAGCCGACCUACUUCCGGCCGGGUACCCUACACCAGGAAGACGGAACAGUGCAUCACCUACCGCGGGGUAGCAAUGGCGAACCCGAUGACGGCGGUGACGAAUGGAUUUUGAUUGACUCAACUCCGGCGAGCUGCGUCCAAAUCGGCCUCUUCCACUAUUUCAAGGAGCGCGGCCCGAUCGAUGUGGUUGUUUCGGGUCCAAACUAUGGCCGCAAUUCCACAGCCCUGUUUGCCCUAUCGAGCGGGACUAUUGGUGGCGCCAUGGAGGGUGCUGUCUGUGGAAAGCCAUCCAUUGCUUUAUCUUACGCCUUCAGCUCUCGUAACCACGACCCCGUGAUCAUUGCAGAGGCAUCAAAGCACUCGGUCAAAGUGAUCGAGCACCUUUGCGCCAACUGGGCGGACGGUGUCGACCUCUACAGUGUCAAUGUUCCCCUGGAGCCUGGCGUUAGCCAAAACAAGGUUCUCUAUACCGAUAUGCUAAUCAAUAAGUGGAAGUCUGGAAGUUGCUUUGAGGUUACUGACCCUGCCGAGGGUGGCGACCCGGAGCUGGAGGAACAACGAUUACGUAUCAAGAGCGAGUUGGAGGGACAGAGCAGCGAUGCGAAGGCCGCAGGUGGCGAGGAGUCUCGUCCAUCGAGGUUCGAACACAAACACUUUAAGUGGGCGCCUGAUCUGCAGGAUGUCUAUAGAAGUGUUGAGGAGAGUGCUCCUGGUAAUGACGGCUGGGCCGUCAAAGAGCAAAUGACCAGCGUUACGCCCUUGAAAGCUAGUUUCAUGCAUGCGCCCGGCGUCACGGGCGAGAUUAAGCUAUCAGAUAACCAACCCACGGUGAGCCAGCCCACGGUGUACUCUAUUGUCGACUGCGAUGUUCCAUACGUGGGAGAACUCGUGGAGAAAGCUUUGGCCAGUCGUUUGGGGGAUUCUGUUCGUUUCCAACGCAUCAAAUCCACCUCCGAGUUGCCAGAGUCCUCUGCGCCUGUCUUUCAAUACCGAGAAUACGAACGCCUUGACUUCGAACACAUUAUGUCAAGACCAUCAACCUCUCUUGGAAACGCCUAUGUCAUCCGGAAAGCCCUUAUUCGCAAACACUACCUGUCCACUACCGUCGCCAACUGGAUUUCCAAGCAUCCAGAUAGCGUCUUAAAGAAACACGUCAAGCCCGCAUUUGACUUUGAGUUAGAUUACGCCGAGUUCCUUGACGAAGCCCUUCUAGAAGCAUACGAGCUUCGUGAGAGCCUAGACAAGAAUGAAGAGCGAGCCGAGUCAGAAAAAGAAUGGUGGAUUCUCAAGCCCGGUAUGAGUGACCGCGGCCAGGGAAUCCGACUAUUCAACAGCGAAGCCCAACUUCAAGAGAUCUUUGAGGAAUGGGAAGAGGAUUCGGAUGAAGAAGAGAGCGGCUCCGAGAAAGAAGAUGCUGAAGAAGCACAUGAUGCGGGAGUUGUCACAUCCCAGCUCCGCCACUUUAUCGCCCAACCCUACAUUGACCCACCUCUUCUCCUCCCCUCAUCCUCAAACCGGAAAUUCCACAUUCGUACCUAUGUCCUCGCCACAGGAUCGCUGAAGGUAUACGUCUUCAAGGAGAUGCUUGCCCUGUUUGCCGCAAAAUCUUACUUCCCACCACAUGAGGAAGAAGACGAAGUCAAAGACCUUGCCCGCCAUCUCACAAAUACUUGUUUCCAAGAAGGAGGCAGCUCGAAUGAGGGAAGUGUUCGCCGAUUCUGGGAUCUGGAUCACCAUGUCCCCGGCCUCAGUGCGGACUGGAAAGAGCAGAUCUUCUCCCAGAUCUGUGCCAUUACGGGCGAGGUUUUCGAAGCCGCAGCCCGGGGUAUGAUGGUGCACUUUCAAACACUACCCAACGCUUUUGAGUUGUUUGGUGUGGAUUUCUUGGUCGAUAGCACUGGGUGCACAUAUUUGUUGGAGGUCAACGCGUUCCCGGACUUUGCACAGACGGGUGAGGAUCUUAAGGAGGUCGUCGUUGGGCGAUUGUUCGAGGAGACAAUCGACGUUGCGGUGAAGCCAUUCUUUGGAUUGGGAGAUAAUGAUGGAAAGGGAGAUAUGAAGUUGGUGGCGGAUCUUGAUCUUGGUAGACGUGCGUAA